AGACAUUUUUUGAUCAUAGCAAAACAGAAGCCGACACAAAUGGACUUGACUGAUUUGAACCAACUUGUCAACCUGAAGAGUCUGAUCCUUUUUAAUGUGGAUUUGUCUCAUCAGUCUGGUCUUGAUAUGAUUUUUCAUAACCUCUCAAAUUUGGAGUAUCUAUAUGUUUCUUUGUGGUCAGUAACUUUUUUCAAUAAAGACUUGACCAGAGACCUGCAGUCACUAAAAGUGCUAUAUUUACAUGCAAAUGAUGUGUUCAGUGUGAUGGAAAACUUUGUAGAGCCCCUGAAAAACCUUCAAUAUCUUAUCAUGGAUAAAGCACUUCUAUACUGUAUCUGUGACAAUGCUUGGAUUACCAAUUGGGCAAAGUAUCAACAGAGUGUUCAAGUGUAUUUCCCUGGGAGCUCACUGGAAAGUCUGCCAUGUAAAACUGCACAUGGAAAACAGUUUCUGCAUAAGUAUGCUCAAGACCACUGUUUAACUGAUAUCGACUUUCUCCUUUUUGCCUCCACCUCUCUGGGACUGGUGUUCUUCAUGCUGGUAGUGCUGCUCCAUCAGCUGGCUGGAGAUUAUCUGCUUGCUUUCUUUCACAUAGCUCGUGCCUGGGUAGAGGAGGCCAUGAGGGCAAACAGAAAAGGACAUUACCACUUCGAUGUUUUUGUGUCCUACUGCGGGAAAGAUGAGCGCUGGGUGGUGGAUGAACUUCUCCCCAACCUGGAGAAACGUGGACCCCCUUUCCUCAGGCUUUGCCUGCACAGCAGAGACUUUGAGCUAGGAAAGGACAUUGUGGAGAACAUCACGGACAGCCUCUACAGAAGCCGACAUACCCUCUGCCUGGUUAGCCGCAACUACCUUCGGAGUAAAUGGUGCUCUUUGGAGAUGCGUUUGGCAACUUACAGAUUACUGGCUGAACACAGGGACGUUCUUGUUCUGGUGUUCCUGGAGAAGGUUCCUCAUCAACUCUUAAAUGUACAUCAUAGACUGUCCAGGCUGGUGAAGACCCAGACCUACAUAGACUGGCCGCAAGACCCAGCUCUGCAUAAUGCAUUCUGGGAUAGACUAUGGACAAAGCUUGCACCUGAAACUGCAACCUAGAAUCAAAUAUAUUAAUCUUUUACCAUAAUGUUCCUGAACGUACCAUCCUUCUUCCCAGUUAAUUAGUUCAUUGUGGGAGUUUGUGAUUCAGUUUAAUGACAAUGUUCAAUGGAUUUUAAACUAAUAUAUUAUAAGGCUAAUGGCAUAUUUAAGUGGACAGGACCUUUAUCCAUCAGGAUUUGAUUGUCUUGUGAAGAGUGGGCAUACCAAAACAAACAUGGUAUCCUGCAGUUGAUUGUGGAGGAUUGUUACCUCCCACAACACCACAGCACUUGAGGAGGUGGAAACUGAUGAUAUCCUGUUAUGGCGCAAUGAAGAUAUAAAGAAAGUGGAUAUAAAGUUAAUCCUGGGUUGUUUAAAACUAGGAAAAUGGCUUUUGCUUCUUUUGCACCCUGGUCAUGGAAUAAUCUUCAAAACACAUUACAGCUUAAUCACUUUGUUACACUGGGUGAGUUUAAGGUUCUGAUAAUAAUAAUAAUAAUAAUAAUAAUAAUAAUAAUAAUAAUAAUAAAAUUUAAAAGUUGUAUAACUGAAGGAUGUAAUUGUUAUUCAUAUCUGGAUUUUGUAUUAUGCAUCAUUAUUUUUGUCUGUAUUUUUAUGCUUGUUUUUGUAGUUUUGACUUUAAAGUUUGUUACUCUGUAAUCGCAUGCCUUUUUGGCCAGGUCUCCCUCUGAAAAGAGAAUUAAGCUGAAGGGACUUCUUGGUUAAAGAAAGGUUAAAUAAAAAAAUUAUUAACA